AUGCCUGGCGGAUCGCGCAUCAUCAUGGCAAAGGCAGAGGUGGACCAGGUGAAGGCGGUGUCCCCGCACGACCUGCUGCUGCUGGGCUUUAAGCCGCUCCAUUGCCUCAAAGACUAUCACAACCUCCAGCCGCCCACCUUCCUCUUCCCAGACGAAGAAACUCUCUCUGGCAGCACGGCCGCAUUUAUUGCCCUGCACAACGCAAUGCUGGAUGCAAACAGCUUUGCACUUGCAUGCUGGGCCAAGAUCGGCUUGCCACGCCUCGUUGCCAUCCUUCCCCAGCAAGAGCAGGUGGACGAGGGUGGCACGCAGGUGCAGCCAGCAGGGUGGCACAUGAUUCCCCUGCCCUUCUAUGAUGACAUUCGACCCGCCGAGAAGUACGCCCGGUGGGUGCCAGGCCAGUGUGCAAAGGAAGCUGGAGGGGACGGGGAGCAGGCGGACAGCCAAGGGGAGGCGGUAUCUGCACCGAGGGCGGAUGCGGGGCAGGUGGCAACUGCCACGGCCCUCAUGCGCUACAUGCACCUCAAGGAGUUCAGCCCACUCAACAUCCUCAACCCUGUCAUCCAGACGCAUUACUCCAUGCUGGAGGCCAUAGCACUGGACCUACCAGAAAUACAGCCUGUGGUGGACACCACCCUGCCGGACUACUCCAUCUUCCAGGCGCCUCCCGAAGGCAGCAAAAAAGGGAAAGCUGCGCGUGCAACUGCGGCUUUAAGGCAUUUCAAGGAUGCAGUGUACGGCCCAGGGCAUGAUGAGGAGGAGGCACAGAAAGCAGCUGCAGCCAAGGCCAAGGCAGAUGCUGCUGAGAAGAAACGCAAGGCCACUUUCGAUGCCGCUACUGCCAAGGCUGGUGUUGUGGAUUGGCGAGGCCUUGCUGAGAAAGGGAAGCUGGACACUUUGACAAACGAGGAGCUGAAGGGGUAUCUUAGAAUGUAG